AUGGCCAGCGAAGACGAAUACGAUUUCCUUUUCAAGGUUGUCCUCAUUGGAGACUCCGGAGUCGGUAAAUCCAACCUUCUCUCUCGUUUCACUCGCAACGAGUUCAACCUUGACUCCAAGUCCACAAUUGGUGUUGAGUUCGCUACCAGGUCAAUUCAAGUCGACCAAAAAACAAUCAAAGCCCAAAUUUGGGAUACCGCCGGUCAAGAACGCUACCGUGCCAUUACCUCCGCCUACUACCGCGGUGCAGUCGGUGCACUCCUUACCUAUGAUAUCUCCAAGCACAUCACCUACGAGAACGUGACUCGCUGGUUGAAGGAGUUGAGAGACCAUGCGGAUUCGAAUAUUGUGAUUAUGUUGGUGGGAAACAAGAGUGAUUUGAGGCAUUUGAGGGCGGUGCCGACGGAGGAGGCGAAGGCUUUCGCGGCGGAGAAUGGACUGAGUUUCAUUGAGACGUCAGCAUUGGAUGCGAGCAACGUUGAGUUGGCAUUCCAAAACAUUCUGACAGAGAUCUACCGUAUCGUUUCAUCCAAGGCACUUGACUCCGGAGGCGAAGGCGGUGUCCGUCCAGGCGCAGGAGAGACCAUCAGCGUCACCCCUGCCCCUGGCGGCGACGAGAACAAGGUCGGUGGAGGCAAGUGCUGUUAG